AUGGGUUUAUGGGUCUUGAGCUGCACCCUUGCUUCGUCUCCGGGUCCCGGGCAUUCUUGCUCUCGAAGCUCCCUACUUGGGUUGAAGCCCCUGGGAGUCCUGCGUCGGCGCCUGUGGCAUUCGCUUGCGCUGCUGACCGGAGGACCGCUUGUACUUGGCGUAGAAGCCCAAGGCGCGACAGCGGGCAUGUUCUACCUGCAGGAGGAGGACAGAAAUGAACCCAGCAAAUAUGAUGAUGCCUUUCGGGAUCUACGGGCGGAGAUUUUUAAGCAUCACGGUCCUGGCACCCGCAAUGUCGAGGCGGCGAUAAACCAAAUCGUCGAGGAUGCGACGCAAUGCAAGUUUGAGUCGACGAACAACUCUUCAGACGAAAUAGUCCUCCUGAACAUUGUCCAGGUCCUCGGCCAGGCCUUGGAGAGCCCCGCGGGGCGCUAUCUGACGGACGAGUCGAUAUGCAAGGCGGUACAGGCCGCGUUUAUGCUUGGGGACCCUGUCAAGAAACCAAAGGAGUAUGGAGACAUCAUGGGCUACUAUUCGCGUCAGACUUGCGGUGCCAUGAUCCGCACUGUGUUUAAGAACGUGGCAGAGCAGCUGCAGGCAGCACAAGAGGCGGAGAUGGAGCACCAACCGGUUCCGGAGCCAACCUGUCGGUACGGCGUCCGGGCGGCCAUGAACAUCCUGGAGUUCCUUAUCGACCUCAUCCAUAAGGGUCCAUCGCUCCAGGGUGCCACAAAGGAGACGGUGGAAGAAAUGGUGGUGUUUUCUCUGGACACUAUCCAUUCCAUCAUCUGUGUAGCGGGUAGCGCACUGGUGCUGGCUGAGCCCCUGGCGCGGCUGGUGCAGGUGGAGCUCUUACAUGCCAUGUGCCAGGCUGUGGUUCAAAACCCUAGCAUUGCUGUCAUCACGGGCUUUUGCCAGACGCUUCUUUGUGUGUCCACCUACCUGGGCCACGUUAGCAUGGCGCAGCUGGAGACGGUGAUCCAGCGGGUGCUGCUGCGGCUGGCCGACGGCAAGGGCGUGCCGGGGCUCGAGCAGCAGGAGGCAGCUUUGGAAGGACUGUUGGACCUUGUUCGGCAACCCAACUUCGUACAUGAUAUGUUUGUCAACUGUGACUGCCGCCUGGAGCGAGCAAACCUGUUCGAGGAGGUCUGUUCGCUGAUCUCAAAGACGGCCUUCCCGGUUUCCAAAACAAGCGUUGGGCCACUCAACUUCAUCAGUCUGGAGGCGCUGUUGGCGGUACUAGGGGCUCUUGCGCAGAGUGCUCGCAACGGACAGGAGCUGCUGGCCGCGCCCGCCGCCGCCAGCGAGCUGCCCUUCUAUGUUGAUCUGUGGGGUCCGCUGGUUGCUGGGCAGCACCCGGACUUUUCCCUCUUGGCGGAUGUCUUGCUGGCACCGCACCCUUACACCCACCACCAUCACCACCUGCACCACGGUCAUGGGCACCACGGGACGCAGCUAGGCGUGUCGCGGCAGUCGUCCGCGGCGACGCCAGGGCCGGCAUUGCCGCCUCCGGAGUCCGCAGCGGCGGCAGCGGCGGGUGGUGGCGUGCUGAGCGCAGCGGAGGCUGCGGCAGCGGAGGCGUCGGCGGCCUUGCGGUCGGCGGGGUCGGAGGCGUCAUCGUCGUCGCCGGCUGGGUCUCAAGGCCCGCAGCGGGCUACCAGCAGCGGCCUCCCACCCGGCUCGGGCGCGGGUGUCCGCGGGGUGCCGGUGACGGGGCCCUUGCAGCUACGGUGCGCCAUGGCGGAGCGCUGCCUCAAAGCACGGAUAGGCCUCGCCGUGGACCAUUUUAACAAAGACUUCAAGAAGGGCUUUGCCGCCAUGCAGACCGCCCGGCUGCUGCCCGAGAACCCACCCGCCGGUGACAGCGAGGAAGCCAAGGUUGAGGCGCGCAAAGUGCUGGCCACGCGGCUGGGCCAGUUCCUGCGCACCUGCCCAGGCCUCAACAAGACCACCAUUGGGGAGCUGCUGGGAGACCCCGACCCGUUUUACCUGCAGGCGAGUGCCGGCCGUGGGCAGGGGGCUGAGGCUACCGCUGCGGGACUUUGUUUCAGCGGGUUUCAGCAGGGAUGCCCCUUCCCUGUCCUUGAGUCCUACACCAUCGGAUUUGACUUCGCGCACCUAAAGUUCGACUCAGCGUUGCGAAUGUUCCUGGAGAGCUUCAGACUGCCGGGCGAGGCCCAGAAGAUUGACCGCAUCAUCAACGCCUUCGGUCGCCACUACUACGCCAGCAACGAGGACGUGUUCCGCGAAGGUGAUGCUGCGUACGUGCUCGCGUACUCGGUCAUCAUGCUCAACACGGACCAGCACAACAACCAGGUCAAGAACAAGAUGACGCUCGAGUCGUUCAAACGCAACCUGCGUGGCGUCAACGCCGGGACGGACUUUGACGGGGUUUUUUUGGAGGAGAUCUUCACCUCAAUCGUCAAGACGCCGUUGCGGCUGUCGGAGCCUGCUUCUAUGGACAUCAGCGAGCAGUGCUUUUACCAGCUGGCGCAGAUUAGCGGCACUCAGCGGGGGCUGGUGGUGCCGUCGGAGGAGGGCCGGCAUCUGUUCGACACCACAAUGUUUCGGCUUAUCUGGGGCCCCGCCGUACACGCCAUGUGCGCCAUUGUGGAUAACUGCUCGAAUGAGUCGCUCGUAUCGUCGGCACUGGAGGGGUUACAGAUGGCCUGCCAAAUCGCGGCAGCGCACGAGUUAGAGGAUGUGGCAGACUCGAUUAUUGUCAACCUGUCCAAGAUUCCCUUGCAGCAUCUGGCAGCGGUGCCCACAUUGUCCCGCGCGGAUGUCAUGUUUGGCCGUGACUACAAGAUACGGGCGGUGACGAGCACCCUAGCUAUCGUGAUCAACAAGCACGGCGACUGCCUUCGCGGUGGCUGGGCAAACGUGUUGGACCUGGUGCUGCACCUCUACCGCAAGAUGCUGCUGCCAGACAGCUUCUGCAAGGCACUCAACGGUGAUGUGGACGGCGAUGGCGGGUUGGUGGUUCGGGAGGUGGAUAGCGUGUCGCUCAAGGUGCGGCGGCACCUGCUGUUGCGGCAGGGCUCUAACUCCACCGGUGCAUCGUCCAUUUUCAAGCAUAUAUCCAGCAGCUUCACGCAGAUCUUAACUCUGGGCAGUGACCUCCCCCAAUCCGAGUCGUCGGUCGGACGCGCCUCACGCGCUGACGGCACGCAAAGCUCUGCCGUGGCCGCGGCACGGGCGGACAUGGACAAGGCGGAUAUGCAGCUUAGCGAGGUGGAGCGGGCGGCCGUGGCUCGGGCCGAGGAGUGCCUCACGGCAUGCUGCUUGGAGGACGCCUUUACGGAUAGCAAGUUCUUGAAGCAAGAGUCUCUGGUGCAGCUGGUUCGCGCCAUCUGCUCCAGCUCUGGGCCUAUCCCACGCUCCAACUCUUCUUUGGGCAGCUAUCCCUGGGACGUGUCGGAGGUGUGUCUGGAGCUGCUCUACACGGUCUUGCUCCGGAACCGGGACCGGAUCACGCUGCUGUGGCCGCGCGCCUAUGAACAUUUCCAGACCAUCUUGAGCCACUCUCGCGAGUGCGAGCCGGUGCUUGUGCAGAAGGCCAUCAUGGCCAUGCUGCGGCUUUGCCAGCGCCUGCUGCCGUACAAGGCGGCGGAUAUUAGCGAGCCGCUCAUGCGGGGCAUACAGCUGCUGUCGCUGGUCGAUGAGCAGGUGGCUAACGACCUGGCGUCCACCAUUGCCUCGGAGAUCCAAUCACUGUUGCAGGGCGCUGCCGCCUACCUGACGAGCACUCAGGCCUGGAUGAGCAUCUGCACGCUGAUCAAGGUCAUCCACUUGGACCCACCCUCCUUUCCGGUGUGCCUGGACACAAUCACAUGGGUUUGCAAUGAGACGCUGUCCAUGAUCAACUUCACGGCGGUGGUGCCCACGGCGGUGGACUUGUUGGAGAGGGCAGUGGCCGACCCGCGCAGCGGGGAGUGGAAGGGCCACCCAGCGCACAUUGGCCAAGCCAUCCGGGUCGUCACGUCUGUAGAGGAAUGGUUGGAGCUGUGGUGGAUUUCCUCUCAAGCCAAGCACUCCCCGGAGGCGCUCGAGGGACUGGGCUUCACCGCCUUCAAGCUGGACUCGUGGCACUUGCUCUUAGGCUGGUUGUGCCGCCUGGCGAAGAACCACAAUGUAGAGGUCCGUAGCGGUACCCUGCAAUGUCUCCAGCGUGCCGUGGUGUCGGCGGAGAAGCUGGCCAUCCCCGCGGAGGGCCUCACGCGCGCGCUGCAGGAGCUGCUGCUGCCGCUGGGCCAGGACUUGGUCAAGAUGCUGGGGUCCUCGGCGGCCAGGAGCAUGCCGCAGUGCGAUGUGACUGUGCGUGAGCUGGUACGCGCGCUCUCCAAGAUGGUGCUGCUGUUCCAUGCGCAGUUGUCAAGCCUCCCAACGUUCGGUCGCGUGUGGCGGGGUAUCUUGGAUGUGAUGGCGGUUGCGGCCGCAGCAAACAACCGCAUGAACGGCGAGGUGCUGGCGGAGGCGCUACCUGAGGCUGCCAAGAAUAUGCUGCUCGUGAUGCACAGUAAUAAAAUCCUGGUAGAGGGCUGGAAGGACCAGGACGGCACCGACCUGUGGGACUACACGUGGAGGCAAAUCGCCAAGGCAGCACCCGGGGUCACGUUGCAGUCGCUGACGGGACACGGGGCGGCAGCGCGGGCGGCGGCAGCGGCCGGGGACAACGGGGGGCAAUGA